UUCUUUUUCAUUUUUAAUUUAGGGUUUUUAAGCCGAUUGAUUAUCGCUCUCUCUCUUCCCUCAUUUUUUGCUACCAACAAAAAGCUUCUUUUUUUUCUUUUUCUUUUUUCUUUAUUUAUUUAUAAAAGCCCCGUUAUAUUAUUCUCCGAUCGUGCUAGGGUUUAGGCGUAAAGCGUAAUUGCUGUACGGUUAAUAAGAUUUCAAUUCCAAGGUUUUUUUUGUUCUUCGCUAGGGUUAUUCUUCAUUCAAAGAGAAGGAAAAAGAUGCUUCCUCUUUCUCUACUAAAAACGGCACAGGGUCAUCCUAUGUUGGUGGAACUGAAAAAUGGGGAGACAUAUAAUGGACAUUUGGUCAAUUGCGACACUUGGAUGAACAUCCAUCUUCGUGAAGUUAUCUGUACUUCAAAGGAUGGAGACAGGUUUUGGAGAAUGCCUGAAUGCUAUAUCCGUGGAAAUACAAUUAAGUAUCUUCGAGUUCCUGAUGAGGUAAUUGAUAAAGUUCAGGAAGAAACAAAGAGUCGUGCAGAUAGGAAGCCUCCUGGUGUAGGCCGUGGGAGAGGCAGGGGUCGAGAAGAUGGUCCUGGUGGAAGGCAACCAAAAGGAGCUGGGCGUGGGCUAGAUGAUGGUGCUAGGACUACAAGUGGAGGCCGAGGGAGGGGUGGUUCAGGUGGAAAAAACACUGGAGGCAGAGGUAGUGGCCGGGGUCGGGGUUGAUGCAGCGCUCUACUUUGUUUUGAGGGGGUAACAUGGGCUAUUUUAAGAAGCAGGUUGCAUCCAAAUGACUGAAGUUGGAGGAUUAGUUCUAUCAAAAAGUGGUUGCCUUUUAAGUGCCAAAUGUUAGGUACAUUGCAUAAGUCAUAUAAGGAUCCGUGUAUUGUGGUUUUUUAUCAUUUAACUGUGUUUUUUAGUUAUUGAGUUAAUAGCUUGCAAAGACAAAUUGUUGUUAAAUUUAUUGGUUCAAGUUAAUGAUGGUCUCUGUGCCUUUCUUCUGUUGUUUA